AUAAAAUAAUAUACAGAUAGUUUACAUUGUUUUCUGCCUAAUUUUGAUUAUGCCAUAAUCUAAAUUACCCGCACCAGCUCAACAGACUCGAGGUUACCCACACCAGCUAAACAGCCUCGAGUCUCUCCCCUUCGCCUUCAACCCGCCUGAAGCCGCACUCAUGUAAUCUACUGUUUCGGCCCUCCUUCCAAUUUCAACAGGCGAGCGCCAGCAUUCGCCACAACCCCUAAACCACCAUUUGCAUCCCUGUUUAUAGUUCUCAUUUCGUUUGAUUUUGAAGGCUACAUUCUAAUUUCACUUUGGCCUCCUUUGUUGAUUUAUUCUCUUCUCUGCCCUUGGUGAAUACAAGUUAGGGUUUCAAAAAUUUCUGAACCCCGCCAAAGAAACUUGAAAGUCCCGUUUGUUUUUUUUCUUCCGCGUUGCAGUUUGGCGUCCAUAGUCUUUUUCACCGAAGAAGAACCCUUAGGUUUUCCUAGCAAAAGUUUUGGAGAUGAAUUGUCUUGACGUUGUGGACUUAUCUAGUGAUGAUGAACUUGGAGAGGUCGACCUGAAACCUGUUAAAUUGGAACCUGGUACCAUUGGGAGCAUGAUACAGCAGCAACAGAACCAUAGCGUUCAACCUGUUAAGCUUUUCAGUUCCAAAACACAAGCUAGAAAACAAGCCUCUGAAGAAAAUAAAAGCCCAAAUAAUGCUUUAAGUACUGGUCAAAGUAGUACUAGUGUUUUGGAGCAAUGCCAGUCUCCAGGGGAUGAUACAGGGGUCUGUUCGACAUCAGCUGUAUCUCCAGCACCAAUUUGUCGACAAUUCUGGAAAGCUGGGAGCUAUGAAGGUGGCCUUGGUUCCAAGGUCACGCUACAAAAUAGCACAAAUUAUCUACAUGUGCACCCCUUGUUUCUUCAUUCAAAUGCCACCUCACAUAAGUGGGCUUUUGGUGCUGUUGCUGAACUACUUGACAAUGCCAUUGAUGAGAUCCAAAAUGGGGCCACUUUUGUCAUUGUAGAUAAAACAUCAAACCCGAGGGAUGGGAGUCCAGCUUUGUUAGUUCAAGAUGAUGGUGGUGGAAUGGACCCUGAAGCAAUCCGUCGCUGCAUGAGCUUUGGAUUUUCUGAUAAGAAGUCAAAAUCUGCAAUUGGACAAUAUGGCAAUGGUUUCAAGACAAGUUCUAUGAGACUUGGUGCAGAUGUGAUUGUAUUCAGCCGCCACCUGGAUGAUAGGUCAUUGACUCAAAGCAUUGGUCUACUCUCUUAUUCAUUUUUGACAAGAACAUGCCAUGACAGAAUAGUUGUACCUAUGGUGGAUUACGAGCUUAAUUUGUCAAGUGGCACUUUGGACGUGUUGCAUGGUAGAGAACAUUUUGCGUCUAAUCUUUCCAUUCUGUUAAAAUGGUCUCCAUUUUCAACAGAAGCUGAGCUUUUGAAGCAAUUUGAUGACAUUGGUUCCCAUGGCACAAAAAUUAUCAUCUACAAUUUAUGGCUCAAUAAUGAUGGGAAUUCAGAGCUAGACUUCGAUUCUGAUGAAAAGGAUAUUUGCAUUAGUGGAGACAUCAAAAAGGUUGAUACAAUCCCUGCUUGGAAAGCUGUAAAUGAACAACACAUUGCUAGACGUUACCAUCAUUCUCUUCGUGUAUAUCUGUCCAUCUUGUAUUUGCGAAUUCCUGAAACUUUCAGAAUAAUAUUGCGUGGAGAAAUUGUUGAGCAUCAUAACAUUGCUGAUGAUCUGAAAUAUAUAGAGUAUAUCUUGUAUAAACCACAAAGCGUUGGAUCUGUGGAGGGUGCUGUUGUAUCUACAAUUGGUUUCCUUAAAGAAGCUCCUCGAGUUAAUAUCCAUGGAUUUUGUGUCUACCACAAGAACCGUCUAAUUCUGCCAUUUUGGCAGGUCGUUAGCUAUUCAGACAGUAGGGGUAGAGGUGUGGUUGGUGUUUUGGAAGCUAAUUUCGUUGAGCCAACUCAUAACAAACAAGAUUUUGAGAGAACUUCCCUUUUUCAGAAGCUUGAAGGUCGCUUGAAGGAAAUGACAUGGGAAUACUGGGAUUAUCAUUGCGGACUAAUUGGAUACCAGAUCAGGAAAAAGUCUCAGCCACCAGCAUCUCAUUAUUCAUCUCAUUUUACAGGACAGAGCAGUGUGCAAGAAUCUGUUGGGUUGAACAAAACUUAUAUGGUUUCUGAUAGAGUAAAAGGACGUUUAGAUGUUGCCGAGCAGUCAAUCCCCAUCUCCUCUCAUGGAAGAAGCAUGCAAGGAUUGCCUAUGAAAAGGAAAGAACAUGUUGACCUGGUAAAAAUUGAAAAGGUGAAACGCCAAGCAGGGACGGGUUGCAAAACAUAUCUACAGCCUCUCAAUGGUAUUGGAAAUCACUUGAGAGAUGAAGAAACCCGGAACUUGUUGCAAGAAAACAAGAAGCUUCGUGCAAAAUGCUUGGAGUAUGACAAGAGAGGGGAAGAACUUACCAUCAAGGUAGAAGAGCUUAAAAAUGAAAUGAGAGAGGUGCAACGCGAGUAUGGACAGUUGUUGGCGGAACUGAAGUCACUGGAUGCGGUCAAGGAUGAAAAGGAUGUAAAUGUGGUCGAGAUUGAAAUUCCAUACCAACUUCAGAGUGGGAGCUAAGGGUGGCAAUUGGACUGGCUUUACCAGGGUUGGGCGGUCAUUUUGGGUUCCGUGCAUUUUGUAUUCAACUAUGUUUGGUUCCGGGUUAUUUUGUAUUUGAAUCAUUUCAGGUUCUCUUUAUCAUGUUUUAGAUUUGGUUAGGUCUUACAACAUCUUUUAUUUUAUAUUAUAAUGAAAAUAUUAGAUUCUUUUAUA